AUGCCGACCCUCGACGAGGGUAGCCUGGCGGUCCGACAGCAGGGAGGCGACCCCAAUCGCGGGAUUCACAUCCCUAGCACCUCCCCCAACCGCCAGCAGCGCGCCAGCCAAGGUCCCAGGGGGCCAAGUCCCGGAGGUCCGGCCCCCGCCGGGAAGGGGAAAGAUAAGGUGGCGGUGCCGAAGCACCGCCACAAGGACAACGUGGGUGCCGCCCCGACUCGGAGGGACGACGAGGCUCAGGGGGCAGCCCCCGCGCGGAGCAGCCAAGCAGAGGGGUCCAAGUCCCAGAGGCUCCAGCGCGGCGACGGCUCCUUCGUCGGGGAGCCGGCCCCCAAACCGUCCAGUUACACCACCACCGCUGGAGCCGAGGCCGCAAACCCCGCCCCCGCCGCCAAGAGCGCCAGCGGCUGGGGACCACCACCAAAGGUCCGGGGGAUCCUCGGCGGGAACAAAGGUCCCCCCAAUCGCCCGGGGCGGCCCGCAUCCGACGUGUCUGCCGGCGACGCGCUAGCUGGGGGGUCCGGCCCCCAGCCAGUACCUUCCUCAUCCCCUGCUGGGGAGUCAGCGACAACUCCAGCAGGGUCUCCGCCCGCGCCAGCACCAGGAGCUGCCGGACCCAAAGGUCCGGAGCCGGAGGCCACCACACCUCCAAGGCCCGAAGCCGCCCCCCAGGAGGAGGCCACCGGACCUGCUGCGACGACCGAGGCGCCAGCAGCUGCAGCGGCGCCGGACGCCAUGGCGGAGCCCCCUCCAGCCAAGCCAGCAGCAGAGGAGGCUGCAGUAAUGGCAGAGGCGGCAGCGCCGGAGGCUGCGGAGGUGCUGGAGGUCGCAGAGGUCGCCAGCACCACCACUCCACCUGCACAGGAGGAGGAGCCGGAGGUGGUGCUGGGGAGGCGCCUUCUCCCGAGCCCAGCGGAGAUCCCCCUCCCCCGCCUCUUUGCCAAGAGCCAGCAGACCGCCCGCGACGCCGGGGAGCGCACCGAGCUCGCGCUGGAGCGCGAACUCCUGCAGGAGCAGCUGCAGAGGGCUCUCGACCAAGAGGCAGCAGCUGCCCAACAGGAGAGAGCGGCCGCACGGCGGGAGAAGAAUGCCACCGAGCGGGAGCUCGUGGUGGAGAUGCGGGUGAAUGCGGUGGCGGACAGGGAGAAGAUCACCCUGGAGCUGGCCAACCAGGCCAAGGUGGUGGUGGAGGUGACCAAGGAGCAGGAAGCUGCCCUUGCAGAACGGGAGGCAGCCGUGGCGGAGAGAGAGGCCAAGGUUGCCGCCCGGGAAGAAGAGGAGGUAGCCCGGCUCUAG